CACAGACGCACACAUUCAUCCACAAUGUCGCUGAUCUCGCCGUUUCAUCCGCCGCAGCGCAUCACGCCGCGCGCCGCCAAGCUGCUGGAUCGGCACAGCCUCGCUCUGGCGUACACUCCGGCACUCGGCCGCCACAUCACUGCCAAGCGCGACUUUCGUGCAGGCGAACUCGUCCUCGCGUCAAAGCCAUACGCAGCCGUCGCCGACACGGACGGGCCCGCCGCAGGCCGAUGCAGCGAGUGCUUUCAAGCUCAAGACGAAGACGCCGACGUCGCCGCCGCCGCAGAGAUGAAGCGAUGCGCGCAAUGCAGACGUGCUCAGUACUGCUCGGUCGAGUGCCAGCGGGCGGCCUGGCACGGCGGACACAAGGCCGAGUGCGCCGCUUGGGUGCGCGGGUUGCAGCCGUACACAAAGGACGGCGUGCUGGAUGACGAUCCUGUCGCCAUCAACGAGGUCAAUUUAGCUGCUCGCAUCAUUGAUGCACGCAUGAGCCAAGUGGCAGGGUCGAGUCGCACUCUGCCGCCGCCGCCGCCGCCGUCGCAGGACGAUCUCGAAAGCCCGACGUUCGAAGAUGUCGCGCUCAUGCUGUCCAACGCCCUGCCGCUGGCAAGGGCAAACGCAAAACGCUACGCAAGCAACGCAGAGCUCGCUGCACUGCUUGCCACCCGGUAUUCGGGCGGAUUUGGUCCCGACUUUGACAAGCUAACACCAGAGCUGCUUGGCGAGGAAGGUCGGCUCUUUUCGACGCGCCCAGAGCAGUUCAUGCUGCACCUGCUGUGCGUCAUGCAGUGCAACAACUUUGCCAUCCACAACGACAUUCUCUUUGCGCGGGGCUCUGGCAUCUAUCCGGUGGCUGCUCUGGUCAACCACGCCUGUGUCGCAAACUGCGUGCUCACGUACGACCUGAAGAGCAAGCGGCAGUUUAUUCGUGCCAUUCGGGAUAUCCGUGCUGGAGAGGAGAUUACACACGCGUUUACAGAUGCAGCAUCGCCAACCGUGGUGCGCAAGGCGCAUCUCAAGUCACUCUAUGCCUUUGACUGCAACUGCUCGCGUUGCAAUGACUCUGACGCCGCAAAAGAGUUGGACGCCGAGCUCGUCGCAACGCGGCCAAUCGACACCAUCCCGGCGUAUUUCAAAAGAUUUCGGCUCGAGCGACUCGCUGGACUUCCCAGCUUGUUGGAGCGUGCCACAAGGGACGUGCCGAAGGUUUCCAGCCCAGCCGAUGUGGAAGCGCUCCUGCAGGCGAGCAGGUCGUGGCUGCAAGAAGGCAUGGACCCUCGCCUUCCCACAGCGCGAGCCAUCGUUUUGCUCGUGACAGCAUGGGCCGUUCGCCAGGCUUUGCUUGGAGACUACAACCUGGAGCUAUUUGAAUCCAAUGUCAAGAUUUUCGGCAUGGCGCUGCUUUGGCGCGAGGAGGCGCUCAGCGAGCGACAGCGUGACCUCGCCCUGGUGUCCGGCCUGCGGAACGUCCUGGUUGAUUCUGCUCGGCAUGUCAUUCGGGUGUACCAGCGCAUCUAUCCAGCCAACCAUCCUCUUCUGGGUCUUCAAUGGUUUUCUCUCGGCGACAUCUACAGUUCGGACAACGACGGCGCUCGCGCCAAAGAUGCUCACGCUCGCGCCCUGGCCAUCUUGACGAUCACGCAUGGGCCGACCAAUCCACUCGUGAAUAGUUUGCGAAGGCUUGUCCACGAGUAGUACAAUGACGCGAUGCGAGCAUCGGUAGAGAGGCGGUCUAGUCGUUCCGCUCGAAUUGACCGGUUCUCCUCUUGCACUUGUA